AUCUCCCCAUUCAGGGCCCCCGCUAGGCUCUGUUAGAGCGAAGGCCUGGCGUCACGUGACAGCGGGCAGGCGGGCGGCCAGUCGCUCGGUUGCUAGGCAGCGGCGGCUGUUAGUUACCGGCGGGGCCCAUAAUGCAGCGGGGCAGUAAGAAGAUGGGGGUCAACAAGCAGACCGUGUCUGAUGGCGAAAUUCGAAACACCAUUUUGUUUAAUGCUUCCAAGCGGGAGAUCUUUACCAUCAAUAAUGGUUACAAGUCACUUCAGAAAAGACUACGUAACAACUGGAAGAUACAAAGUCUUAAAGAGGACUUAACUAUAGAGAAACUGGAAGGUGUGAAGUUAUGGAUAACAUCUGGACCUAGGGAAAAGUUUACAGCUGCAGAGUUUGAAGCACUAAAACAGUUCCUGAACAAGGGAGGAGACAUUCUGGUGAUGCUGGGAGAAGGAGGAGAGUCCAAGCAUGACACGAAUAUCAACUUCCUGCUGGAGGAGUACGGCAUUAUGGUUAAUUCAGAUUCUGUUGUGAGAAAUGUCUACUACAAGUAUUUUCACCCUAAAGAGGCACUUGUAUCCAAUGGAGUGCUGAAUCGGGAGAUCAGCAAAGCUGCUGGAAAGGAAGUGUCUGCUGUCGUGGACGAAGAUGGUGGAGGAAACAACACCCAGGCUCUGACAUUUCUUUACCCUUAUGGUGCCACCCUUAACAUCAUGAAGCCAGCAAUGGCCAUAUUGUCCACUGGAUCUGUCUGCUUCCCUCUCAACAGGCCCAUCCUUGGUUUUUAUCAUUCUCGGGUAAAUGUCCAUUAUCCCUUUCUUAAUGUGGUAUUUUUUUAUUUAUUUUUUAUUUAUUUGAUUGACUUUAUUUUAAUCUUUUCUAUUCUUUAUUCUGUUUUUUUAUAUUUUUACUUUUUAUCCUUUCAGACACAGGGAGGCAAGCUGGCUGUUAUGGGAUCUUGUCACAUGUUCAGUGAUCAGUAUCUGGACAAGGAAGAGAAUUCCAAAAUCUUGGAUGUGCUGAUGCAGUGGCUCACCACUAAUGACAUCCGCUUGAAUCAAAUCGAUGCAGAAGAUCCUGAGAUAUCAGAUUACACCAUGCUCCCAGACACCAACAAACUCUCCCAGCGCCUGCGAGUCUGUCUUCAGGAAGGGGAUGAGAACCCUCGAGAUUUCACCACCCUGUUUGACAUGAGCAUCUACCAGCUGGACACCACAUCUCUCCCUAAAGUCAUUAAAUCAUAUGAGCAACUCAAUGUGAAACAUGAAAGUCUCCAACUCAUCCAGCCUCAGUUUGAGUCUCCGCUGCCCGCUCUUCAACCUGCUGUUUUUCCACCUUCUUUCCGGGAAUUGCCUCCACCAGCCUUAGAUUUAUUUGACCUCGACGAGAACUUCUCAUCUGAAAAAGCCCGUUUAGCCCAGAUAACAAAUCGAUGCACAGAUGAUGAUCUUGAGUUUUAUGUGCGGAAAUGUGGGGAUAUUCUGGGGGUUACAGGAAACCUUCCGAAGGAAGAACGCGAUGCAAAGCACAUUCUGGAACAUAUAUUUUUCCAGGUUGUGGAGUUCAAAAAACUCAAUCAGGAGCAUGAUGUGGACACAAGUGACGCUGGGUUCCAGAGCAGCUAAAAUCCAAUAGUUUACUUACAGAAUUUGAUAUUUCACAUAUUUAUUCAUAUUUUUGUAUUUUUUUUUUUAUUUUUUUUUAAAUCUUGUCUUUGGAAACUGUAAAUAUACAUAGA